AUGUCGUUUACAUUGAUGCCACCCAGGCACUUGUCUUCAAAUGGUGCGGGCAGGCAGGAGCAGGCCAUAGCUCUGCUGGUGCGCUGUGGACGUAUGGACGGCCGAGUGGCCGCGUGA